UCGACGGUGGAAACUGAAACGAGUUCGCGUACUCCCUCGUCUGUGCCAAGCUUGUCGAAGAGCGGGAAUUUUUAUUUUUUUUCACGCAAUCUGUGGCGACGCGGCUGUCGGGCCCAAGGUCUCGAUCAGCAGACAACGAGUGGCACAAUGGCCCCGUCUUCGUCGUUGGCGUCCACACCGUGGCAGUACUAUGUGCCUUUACUGCUCGCAUCUCCCAUGGCGCUGCUGGUGGUGUCAAGGCUGUGGCGCCGUUACCAAGCUCGGAACGCCUGCCUGCGGCACCAGCACUUCGUCAUCACUGGUGGUUCCAGCGGGAUAGGCCGUGCGCUUGCGCGGGCUGUGGUCCGGCGAGGUGCCAAUGUGACGCUGAUUGCACGCAACAUGGACCGGCUUGAGGAAGCGAAGAUCGAGCUGCUAGAGGAGGCAAGCUCACCCGAACAGGCCGUUCAUACGCUCUCAGCUGACCUUACGAAGGGUGAGGCCGGGGAAGCAGUGCUCACCCGUGGCAUUGAGGAGGCCGAGCAGGUUUGCGGGCCAGUUGACUACCUGGUGAACUGUGCAGGCUCCGCAGUCAGCCUGCGGUUCGACGAGACACCACUAGCCGAGUUCCAGCGCAUGAUGGAGGUCAACUACCUGAGUGCGGUGCACGCAACCCGGGCGGUGCUGUCGGGCAUGAAGCAGCGAGGCUCGGGCAGCAUCACUUUUGUGUCGUCCGUCGCAGGCCUGAUGGGCCUGUAUGGCUACACGGCUUACUGCCCGGCCAAGUUUGCCCUCGUGGGACUGGCACAGUCGCUCCGCAUGGAGGUGAAACAUCGUGGCAUCCACGUGAUGGUGGCCUUCCCACCGGACACGGACACGCCAGGCUUUGCCGAGGAGGAGCGCACCAAGCCGACCGAGACGAAGCUCAUCUCGGCAACAGUCGGCCUGUGGUCGGCCGAUGUGGUGGCCGGCUCCCUACUGCAGGACAUGCUCGAGGGCAACGUGACCUCGGUCCUGGGACUGGACGGCCACUUGACGAUGAUGCUGUGCGCGGGCAUGAUGCCGCCUAGCUCGCUGCUCGAGGUGGCCGUGCAGGCCCUCACCAUGGGCACCCUGCGCAUUGUGGGCUGCCUGUACCUGUCGCACUUCUACAGGCUCGUGGCACGCUGCGCGGCAAACCGCGAAGGCAGCAAGAAGGGGAGCUAACUCGUGGCAUUUGGGAACAGCUGGAAAGACUUGGUGACACUGGGAAGUUCGUGACAUUUUGGGGCUUGAGACAGUCGCCAAGUUUUGGUAGCUAGGGACAGUCACAUACAGAGAUGGGUAGGACACUGUCCAGUGGAUUUGUAAACUGGGUGAUUGACACUGGGGAGAUUGUGACACUGAAAUUCUGAUGGUGACACAUUUUUUUACGUGUGAUGGUCAGUAAGUCAGUAACUCUUGACAGCUGGGGAUUGUCACUUACAAGGAACAGUAGAUCACUUCUCUAUGUAUUUGUGGGUAACUGGCACCAGUAAGCUUGUGACAAUUUGGGACAUUAUGGUGACACACUUGUGAUGCUUUGGUACUUGUGUUGGUCGGGGAUGGUCGCUUACAAGCAAGGGUAGAACACUUCUACGUAGAUUUGUCUGGUUAAUGGAUGCUGAGAAGCUUGUGACAGUUUGUCUCUUUAAUGGUGACUGACUCUUUAGGACUUGUGACAGUCAGGGAUCAUCACAAGUCCUGUGUAUUUGUAAAGUGGAUGAUUGAAAAGUUUUUGGAAGGAAACCCUCUGCUCUUAAUUUGACAAAUGUGUGUGUUUUAUUGAAUCACCAAUGUUUCCCUCUCUUCUGUUCACAAAUGUGUUAAGUGGGCAUUUAUUUUGGCCUCACUCUGCAGAAAAGUGCGUGGAAGGUAGAAGACAAGGCUACACUUGACAGCACAAUCUCUGCAAGUGUUACAGAUGGGUAUAGUGACAUCGAAAGACAAAGGCAACGCCUUGUAUUUCACGAGAAAGAAGCUGUGGUGCCUUGCAGCUGCAAUCAGCACGCCAAUCAACCCACGAAUUUGACAAGCCCCAAGUUUUGUACGCCAGCUAGUCAGGAUCACUAGCCACUGCCUGCUGCAAAUUGCAAGCACUUGCUGUGCUUGCUGAAGGCUCCCAAAGAGAACUAUAACUGCUGUACAAAAAUUUCAAACUCACUGCCACAAAUUUCUACUAGUGAGUUCGAAGUUUCUGUACAACUAGCCGUUCCAAGGUUUGAAAGGUUGUGCACAUUGCAAGACAAAUUGUGUUGCCUGUAAUCUCAGCUCAUCAGUGGAUAACACUGUGGUGGAAAGUUAGCUGUCCAUUAGAACACGCUAUACCAACUCAGUUAUCAGCAAUUGUACUGAAUAUGCACACAAAUUAUUGCCAUGGUAUAGCCUGUCUAGGAAAUUAGGUAGUUUGUCUAGGAAAUGUGACACAAUUAGUUGUUCCACUUCAGUUGGAAAAGGGGGCAGGAACGUGCAGAUUGCCAUCUUUUGUUUUUUUUAUACUGCGCUUAACUAGUGCUUUAUAUUCCUGUGUCCUGUAUGCACGCGUGUUAGGUACUUGGGUCAACUAAGCGUUGACAUAUCUCUUUGUGGGUGUAUAGAGAACAAAGGUGUCAUGCGAGUAACUCAUGCAGCCAGCUUUCUCCUGCAAAACCAAAAAGACGAUGGAAUAACGUACAGACAAAUGUUGGGUAAUUACGUGUUUUCUUUCUUUAAGUUUAAGUUAACCUGUGUGCUGUACAAGACUGUGAGUCCUGCCUAUAAGCUGUAAAGCCUGAGCACAUUUUUUCUUGCUUCCAGCAUGUGUACUGAAAUUCCCGUUCAGCAAGCACUCGCGUACCAACAUGUUCCGACUCCAACGUUGAGCCUGCCACAACUAGCCUACCUCCUCACAUAUGUCGAUUCUCGGUUACAGUUUCUUAUCUCUCAGGGGUUGCAUUCUUGUUUGUGUACAUACCAAACAAACUUGCAUGUCUUGUUACUUUUAUCGAUUGUGUUCAUAUGUUUGUGCGUGGUGUGUGUGAGUGAUUGAGUACUGUGACCAGAUAUUGCUGGUAACCUGAUGUGCGCACGUUAGUAGUGUUAGUAAGCUUUGCAAAGAAUGCCUCUGGGCCUUCUUCAAGUAUUCACAAGGAAUUCACUGUUUGGUCACUGCUUAACUGAGGUGAAUGAAGUCUGCUGUGUCAAAAAGAAAACUGAAAAUCUCCAGACUGUUGAGAGCAGAUUUUUCCUUUUUUUUUUAACCUUCUUUCUUGGCCUUAGUCUCGCUGAGUUGCAGGGUUGGGUCUUCUAGAACUCAGUCUCCAUUUCUCUUUAUCUUUCUUCCUAUUAUUUUGCUUUAUUUUCAUUGGAAUGGUGGAAAAUUACAAUUUUUUAGGAAAAUAAACAGGCAGAUACUUCAUGCACCACAGUUAGGCAUGCUUCAAACUGACAUAAAUAAUGUGAUGAUUUAACAUAAGUGGAAAACUGCUAUGUUAUAUUUACAAAUGCUGAUAGAUAAGUAUAGAAUUAAAACAUUUAUUUUUGGUCUGGA